AAGAGAAAAAGAAAGAAAGAAAGAAAAAAAAAAGAGUCUAAUUGUCUCUAAUUGUCGUUGAUAGAAGAUAUAGGAAUAAAAUGAAAAGUAUAAUAAGAAAGAUAUGGAGUCGGGUAUAGGAUAAAGAAAGAAAUCGAGAGAUCAGAAAGCGCAGAGAUUCCUUAACGAAGGUAGGACCCUUCCUGAACUUAAUGAUUCGGUCAUUGCGAUGGGUGGUAGAAGGGUGGUGGAAACGAAUGGUGUGGGCCGGAGUUAGAGUAGGAGAAGUGCUGGGGGAGGCAAGCGGCAGGCAAGAGCAGCAGCAGCACCAGCAGCACCAGCACCAGCAGCAGCAGCAGCAGCAGCACCAACAGCAGCAGCACCAGCAGCACCAGCACCACCACCAGCAAUAGCAGCAGCAGGAUCGGCCCGGUCAGGAAAACUUCAGCUGACGGCGAAGGUCCCUUUGGCAAGCGGCUCGAUGCUUCCACCCGGUAGGCCAACGUCCAAACGCAACUCGGGCUCUAGCAGCAUCGAAGGCAGCAACGGCUGGCGGCCACCACCUACUACCACCACCCUUAAAAAGUGGUGGCCAUGGUGGUUGUUAUUGCCAGGAUGUUUCGCCUCGUGGACAAAGUAUGUCGAGGAGUACGACUCGAUCAGAGUCGCCAGAUGCGACGCACGCUGCGGGGAUAAUCAUCCGGACGAGUGUAUAGAAAAUUGUUUAGCAUCGAAUUAUUCGAAACCUGGUUACUGUCCUGAUACUGCUUUUAUGUCACCCUUCGAAGCCGUUUGUUUGAUCGCUUGUGACAAUGAUUCACGUUGUCCAGAUUUGGCAAAGUGUUGUUCGCACGAUUGCGGAGUUACAUGUAUGCAUCCCGUCGGUUUAGACAACAGAACUGAUUUACCACCGAUCCCGCAAAAUCUACAGAUAAGACAACAAAAAAGUAAUCUCAUUCAUUUGAAUUGGCGAAACAUUGGUCAUGUUUAUCCAAAUGUAUCCGGUAACGGGGAUGUCAGAUAUUUAGUGGAGGAACGUCAUCUUAUUGGUCCACGUUAUUUAGAAUCAAGAUUAAGUUCAUGGACCGUCCGACAUGUUUCUACGAAACCUCACGCGACUCUUCGUGGUCGAUUGAAGACAGGCCAUUGGUAUCAAUUUCGUGUUGCAGCGAUCAAUGGAAAUGGUUCGAAGGGUUACUCUCAACCAUCGAGACCUUUCAAGACAAAAGAGCCACGAAAUCCUAAAGAACCACAGAACCUGACCCUUUCAGGGGCACGUUUGGUCGGUGGAAAGUUGAGAAUCAAUCUUCGAUGGUUUAAACCCUCAUCGGACGUUCCGAUAACCUUUUACAAAGUUUUCUGGAGCAGACGCAUUCACAGUCCAACGAACGAUUCUGUACUCGUAUAUCACAGGACCGUUUUAAAGGAUAAAACUUGUUACGAGUUGAAGAACUUAGAACCAAAGUGUCAAUACUUUCUUCAAGUACAAGCGGUCGCGUUAUACGGUGGAAGACGUUUGGCUUCACGAAAGGCGUCAAAAGUUUUCAACGCAACGGAUUAUAUGGCCUUUGCCGACGUCGGAAGACGUUCUCGCAGGUGCGAAAGAUAUCAGGAAGGUCUUCACGUAAGAAGAAUGAUAUGUCAUUGUGGUGACGUUAAGGUACGAUUGGUAUGGACGAUUAAUCAAGAUGCAAAAAUGUAUAACAUCAGUUGGAAGGAAGAAUCAUGUACUACGUCGAUUUACGAGGACAAUGUGAAUACGAAAAAGAGACUAUCGUGGAAAGCAAUUCAGACGCCCCAUUACGAUCUACGUAAUCUUAAACAAGAUUGCACGUACAGCGUGAACGUGAGAAAUUUAUAUAGCAAUGAUAAAAGGGAUGAGCACGGUACGAGCAUAGAGUUCUUCGCUACGGGAUGCCAACAGGAUCGCGAUGAAAAAAGAUGGAAGUAUUCGAGUAACAAGGCUGCGCAAUGUAAAAAGAAAUCUUCCAAGAGUAAAAAAUAUUCCGAGGAUACUGAUUGACAUUGAAAUUAAUUGACAAAUUGAUUUAAUAUUUUUAGAAACGUUCGUUUUAAUUAUUAAUUAUCAUACAAUUUUAUAUAUAUAUAUAUAUAUAUAUAUAUAUAUAUAUAUAUAUUUUAGAACGUUUCGACGAGUCAACAACAACUACCCUAAUUUUAUAGUGGUUUGUAUUUAAAUGCAUUAUUUUGUUUACGUGUGAAUUUUCAUAUUGAAACUUUUUCCUACGCAAAUUCUUUAUCACUUUAAAUCUUAUUGACGCAUUAGAUAUGCAUAGCGUAUUGUAUCGAUUGACUUUAUUUUUUCUCCUUUUUUUUUUUUUUAUAGUCCUUUUAUAGUUACGUCGUUGUUUGUUAUGACACUUAAUUUUAUAGUACAACAUAUUACCAGAUAUGUGAUUGAUAUGAGAGAUUAUAUAUAUAUAUAAAAAAAAAAAAAAAGAAAAAAAAAAAAUUCAUCGUACACUUAUUGUAGAUUCGUUUCGAUUGUAAAAUGAAAAGAAGAAAGGCAAAUGUUUUCUAUUAGAUAAUAAUUAUGAGCAUAGAUUGUGAAUAUUUUUAUACAAUAUAUAAUAUUAUCUUUUAUAUAUU